AUGACUGCAGUUAUUUGGUUUAACUCGGGAGAGAAUUUUUUAUUAAGUAUUUGUUUAUUUGCAGGUAUAUUUGCUUACUUAAACUACCAUGUCCCUCGCACAAGACGAGAAAUCUUGGAGACCCUAAUCAAAGGCCUUCAGAGACUGGAAUACAGAGGAUACGAUUCUGCUGGUGUGGGAGUUGAUGGAGGCAAUGACAAAGACUGGGAAGCAAAUGCCUGCAAAAUCCAGCUCAUUAAGAAGAAAGGGAAAGUAAAAGCACUGGAUGAAGAAGUUCACAAACAACAGGAUAUGGAUUUGGAUAUAGAAUUUGAUGUACACCUUGGAAUAGCUCAUACCCGUUGGGCAACACACGGCGAACCCAAUCCUGUCAAUAGCCAUCCCCAGCGCUCUGAUAAAAAUAAUGAAUUUAUUGUUAUUCACAAUGGAAUCAUCACCAACUACAAAGACUUGAAAAAGUUUUUGGAAAGUAAAGGUUAUGACUUUGAAUCUGAAACAGACACAGAAACAAUUGCCAAGCUUGUUAAGUACAUGUAUGACAAUCGGGAAAGUCAAGAUACCAGUUUUACUACCUUGGUGGAGAGAGUUAUCCAACAAUUGGAAGGUGCUUUUGCACUUGUAUUUAAAAGUGUUCAUUUUCCUGGCCAAGCAGUUGUCACAAGACGAGGUAGCCCUCUGUUGAUUGGUGUACGAAGUGAACAUAAACUCUCUACUGAUCACAUUCCAAUACUCUACAGAACAGGCAAAGAUAAGAAAGGAAGCUGCAAUCUCUCUCGUGUGGACAGCACAACUUGCCUUUUCCCUGUUGAGGAAAAAGCGGUGGAAUAUUACUUUGCUUCUGAUGCAAGUGCUGUCAUAGAACACACCAAUCGCGUCAUCUUUCUUGAAGAUGAUGACGUAGCAGCGGUGGUAGAGGGCCGUCUUUCUAUCCAUCGAAUUAAACGAACUGCAGGAGAUCACCCUGGAAGAGCUGUGCAAACCCUCCAGAUGGAACUCCAGCAGAUCAUGAAGGGCAACUUCAGUUCAUUUAUGCAGAAGGAAAUUUUUGAGCAGCCAGAGUCAGUUGUGAACACAAUGAGAGGAAGAGUCAACUUUGAUGACUAUACUGUGAAUUUGGGCGGUUUGAAGGAUCACAUUAAGGAGAUCCAGAGGUGCCGGCGCUUGAUUCUUAUUGCUUGUGGAACAAGUUAUCAUGCUGGUGUAGCAACACGUCAAGUUCUUGAAGAGCUGACUGAGUUGCCGGUUAUGGUGGAGCUAGCCAGUGAUUUCCUGGAUAGAAACACGCCAGUUUUUCGAGAUGAUGUUUGCUUUUUUAUUAGUCAGUCAGGUGAGACAGCAGAUACCCUGAUGGGUCUUCGGUACUGCAAGGAGAGAGGAGCUUUAACUGUGGGGAUCACCAACACUGUCGGCAGUUCCAUAUCAAGGGAGACAGACUGUGGAGUUCACAUUAAUGCUGGGCCCGAGAUUGGCGUGGCCAGCACAAAGGCUUACACCAGCCAGUUUGUAUCCCUUGUGAUGUUUGCCCUUAUGAUGUGUGAUGACAGGAUUUCCAUGCAAGAGAGACGCAAAGAGAUCAUGCUUGGACUGAAGCGGCUGCCUGAUUUGAUUAAGGAAGUACUGAGUAUGGAUGAUGAAAUUCAGAAACUGGCAACAGAACUUUAUCAUCAGAAGUCGGUCUUGAUAAUGGGGCGUGGCUAUCAUUAUGCUACUUGUCUUGAAGGGGCACUAAAAAUCAAAGAAAUCACUUACAUGCACUCUGAAGGCAUCCUCGCUGGUGAAUUGAAGCAUGGUCCUCUGGCUUUGGUGGAUAAGUUAAUGCCUGUCAUCAUGAUCAUUAUGAGAGAUCAUACUUAUGCCAAGUGUCAGAAUGCUCUUCAGCAGGUGGUUGCUAGGCAGGGACGCCCAGUGGUGAUUUGUGAUAAGGAAGAUACCGAGACCAUUAACAACACAAAAAGAACAAUCAAGGUUCCCCACUCAGUGGACUGCUUGCAAGGCAUUCUCAGUGUGAUCCCCUUACAGUUGCUGGCUUUCCACCUUGCUGUGCUGAGAGGCUAUGAUGUUGAUUUCCCCCGGAAUCUUGCCAAAUCUGUAACAGUAGAAUGAGGAGCAUCUGAAACUCUGGGCGAUUAAGCAACACAAGACACCUUUUGUAUUUAAAAUCUUGAUUUAAAAUAUCACUCCUUUAUUUAUAUAUCAGUUAUAAUUCCACUAAAUUUGUGCUUUUUGUGAAAUUACCUCAUAUUUUUCCAGUAAUUUGUGGGGAAGUUUGAAAAAUGGAAUCAUUAUCAGAAACAGUUAGCUUUCAUUUUCUUUUUUUCAAUCAUCACCUGAGGAUCUUUUAUCCGUUGAUUUUUAGAGAGAGAGUGGAAG